AUGACUUCACAUGAAACAAGAGUAAAAGGAAUGUUAAUCUCUCAUCAUCAUUCCUCUAUCUCGAUCAUGGUCGAUUAUUGGCACAGUCUGGCUCAUACGCAGACUACUUUGAUACCAAAAGAGAGAGAUAGAGUUAAUUUUACAAUUUCAAAAAAACAAAAAUUUUAUUGUGUGUGUCGUAAAACUUGUCCAUUCUUGGUCGGAUCUUUGAUUGAAAACCAAGUACAUUUAACUCACACCUCAUACAAACCAUCACAUCGUCAUACUCUGUGUUCCGUUCGCGAUGCACCCCAACAUCCAAUUCCAUUGACUCGCCCCAUCUAUGAUAAAACAAUCUAUCCAAAGCAAACUCAUCAGUCUACGUCAAACCCUGCAAAGGGAAAGAUCUGCCAUAAUUUUACGCGCACGUCACCUCGUCAUACAGCUGAUUUAGUCGUCAACUCAACCAAAGAAGUGGUGGUGGUGGUCAUUACAUUCACUUACUCUUCAACCUCCUUUAUAUUUUGUUGCUAUUAUAUCAACAACAACAACAACAACAUCGAGAUGCAACAAUAUCGAUCCCUACAACAACAUCAACGACUCGUGAUAGCAUUCCUUCAUUCCUUCAUCUUUAUUCAUUCAAUUGAUCGAUGGAUGGAUUGA